AUGUCUGCCCCUGAACAAGCUGCAUUCACCUUCCUUCCUCUCGGUGCCAUUAUCCAGGAGUUCCGUAUUGGCGGGAAGAACAUCGUCCUGGGCUUCCCCACGCAGGAUCACUAUAUCAAGCACAACACCCCGCACUAUGGUGCCACUAUCGGCCGGGUCGCCAACCGGAUUAAGGAUGGUCUCAUUAACAAUCUGAACGGUCGGGACUACCAGCUGGUGAAAAACAAUGGUCCAAAUGCCCUUCACGGCGGCGAGAAGGGGUGGGGGAAGCGCAUCUUUGAUGGCCCACAUACCGUCAAUCGUCAUGGUCGCGAUGCCUUGCUCUUCAAGUACCUCUGCCAAGAUGCGGAGGAGGGGUAUCCUGGUACUGUCGAGGUACGAGUCUGGUAUACUGCUAGCAAGGAGGAGGACAAGACUGUCCUGACAGCCGAGUAUGAGGUGGAGUUUGUGGGGGAUGAGUGUGAGGAGACUAUCGUCAACAUCACCAACCACAGCUACUUCAACAUUGGUGAUGGGGCCACUAUCACUGGGACCAUCGCCCAGCUGGAUACUGACGACUACCUGCCCCUCGACUCCACUGGAAUUCCAGAGGGUGGGAUGGCCAAGUUCCCCCGCAACGUUACCAAACCCUUUGAGCUCGAGGCAACCGGUCCCCAUAUCGACGAUGUCUUCGUUCUGGAGACCGACCCCACCAAGAUCCCUCUGGAUACCCGUGGCUUGCCCGUUCGCCGCCUUGCUCAGUUCAGCAACCCCACUACUGGCAUUCAUCUAGAGGUGCACAGCACCGAGCCUGCAUUCCAAUUCUACACGGGCAAAUACGUCAAUGUCCCAUCUAUCGAUGGUGCCCCCGCCCACACCGAGGGAGCCGGAUUCUGUGUUGAGCCUAGUCGAUACGUGAACGCCAUCAAUGAGCCCGCGUGGCGAUCCAUGGUGUUGCUGAAGAAAGGACAAACUUUCGGAUGUAAGAAUGUGUAUAAGGCUUGGAUUUAA